CUCCAAGAUUCAUCUCUUUUUUGCACAGGCCAAAUAGGAGAGCAACAAGGAUGUAGUGGGAAUUAUUACCCCUGCAUAUUCCAAGUCCUCAGUGAUGGCACCUAUCUCUGCAAUCCCUCCAGGAACACCAUAAUUACCUCACUAGUGCCACAGGCCUGCACAAGUCAAACUAUUCUGAUUGCUGCUUUGACUCUGCUAUCUAUUAUGAUCUGAAAAUAGAUCAUCAUGGUGGCACCAAAGAGUCACACACAAGACUGGGCUCCUGGGCCUUUCUCCAGUAAGCCACAGAGGAGUCAGCUGCAAAUAUUCUCUUCUGUUCUAUGGACUUCUCUCCUCUUCCUGCUCAUGGGACUAAGAGCCUCUGGAAAGGACUCAGCCCCAACAGUGGUGUCAGGGAUCCUAGGGGGUUCUGUGACUCUCCCCCUAAACAUCUCAGUAGACACAGCGAUUGAGCACAAAAAGGCUCUUGCUUUUGCACAUCCCAAAGAAAAUGUAACCUUUAUGGCCAAAAGCUACCGGGGCCGACUAAACAUCACCAGGGGGAGUUACUCCCUGUCCAUCAGCAAUCUGACUCUGAAUGAUGCAGGAUCCUACAAAGCCCAGAUAAACCAAAGGAAUUUUGAAGUCACCACUGAGGAGAAAUUCACCCUGUUCAUCUAUGAACAGCUGCAGGAGCCUGAAGUCACCAUGAAGUCUGUGAAGGUGUCUGAGAACUUCUCCUGUAACAUCACUCUAAUGUGCUCCGUGAAGGGAGCAAGUGUUCUGUACGGCUGGACCCCGAGGGACCCCCAUGCUUCUGAGUCCAAUGGAGGCUCCAUUCUUACCAUCUCCCGAAUGCCCUGUGAGCCAGAUCUGCCAUACACCUGCAUAGCCCAGAACCUCGUCAGCCAGACCAGCUCCCACCCUGUCCAUGUUGGGCAGUUCUGUACAGAUCCAGGAGCCUCCAGAGGAGGAAAAACAGGGGAGACUGUGGUAGGGGUCCUGGGAGAGCCAGUCACCCUGCCACUGGCACUCCCAGCCUGCCGGCACACAGAGGUUGUCUGGUUGUUUAACACAUCCAUCAUCAGCAAAGAGAGGGAAGAAGCAGCAACGGCAGAUCCACUCAUUAAAUCCAGGGAUCCUUACAAGAACAGGGUGUGGGUCUCCAGUCAGGACUGCUCCCUGAAGAUCGGUCAGCUGAAGAUAGAGGAUGCCGGCCCCUACCAUGCUUACGUGUGCUCAGAGGCCUCCAGAGUCACCAGCAUGACACACGUCACCCUGCUCAUCUACCGGAGGCUGGUGAAGCUCAAAAUCACGUGGCGCCUCCGGCACAGCAAGGAUGGCAUCUGCAGGGUCAGUUUGACCUGCUCUGUGAAGGAAGGGCGAAACGCCGUCAUAUACACAUGGACCCCACUGCAGAAGGGAGCUGUUGUGUCCCAAGGGGAAUCACAUCUCAACGUCUCAUGGAGAAGUGGUGAAAAUCACCCCAACCUCAUAUGCACAGCCAGCAACCCUGUCAGCAACAGUUCCCACCAGUUUCUUUCUGAGAACAUCUGUUCAGGCCCUGAGAGAAACACGAACCUUUGGAUUGGGUUGCUCCCGGUGGUUUGCCUUCUGUGCACUGGGAUCUUCAGCUGCUGCAUUUGGAAGCAAAAAGGACGGUGUUCAGUCCCAGCCUUCUGUUCCAGUCAAGCUGAGGCCCCAGCAGACACACCAGAACCCACAGCUGGCCACAUGCUAUACUCUGUGCUCUCUCAAGAGUAUGAGACUGACACUCCCCUCAGGCCUGCCAGGCAACAGCCUAGGCCCAACUCAGACAGCAGCUCUGACAGCAACAUCACAACUGAGGAGGAGGGGAGGCCCGAGGUGCACAAGCCCAUCAGUGGAAGAGAGGAGGUGUAUGACCAGGUCACUCAGGAGGGUGCUGGACAUGACCCAGCCCCUAAGGGCCAAGCAGACUAUGAUCCCGUCACUCCAUAUGUCACAGAAGUUGAGUCUGUGGUUGGAGAGAACACCUUGUAUGCACAAGUGUUCUUCAACUUACAGGGAAAGACCCCAGUUUCUCAGAUGGAAGAGAGCUCGGCCACAAUCUACUGCUCCAUACAGAAACCUCAGACGGUCGUGCCGCCACCACAACAGAAUGAUCUUGAGAUUCCUGAAAGUCCUACCUAUGAAAAUUUCACCUGAAAGGAAAAGCAGCUGCUGCCUGUCUCCCAAGACCGUGGGGUUGGAGAGUCAGCUGGACCUCAUGGGGCCUGGGGCUCGCAGACAGAAGCACCUCAGUGCCUCAGAGAUGCCUGGGUGUGGCCCCUCCCCGUCCUUCUCACACUCAAGGCCUCCCAAGCCCAUUAAUAGUUCGGACACAGGCUCCUUCUUGGAGCCUAUGGGCUUCAGAUAUCUUUGCCCCAUUUGUCACCUCCCACACUCAUAGCGUUUCCUCCUCGAAAUUCUACCAAGACUGGUCAAAUGUUGCUGAGGGACCUGGACCAGCUGACCUUUACACCACCUUCUCAACACUGCUGAAAUGAACCCAAGAGAAUUGUCACACAUGACACAAGAUGUACGUAAAAUCAUGCUCACUGCAGUGUUAUUUAAAAUAAAAGGCAGGAAAUAA